CUUGGGUUGACUCUCAUCAUAGCACACGCACGAGGCAUUGGUGGUGCCUAAGGAGAGAAAGUGAGAACUGAGAACACUGAACACCAUCAUCAUCAUCAACAAGCUAUUGAACUUUGAACAGGUACGAUCUCAAUUCAUAACCACUCUUCUUGCAUUGUUUCGGUUCACGCGCACUCAACGAUGGAUGCUAUUGCGAGCGUGGCAUCGACCGUGGCGGCACCAUUGCUGCGCCAACUCACCUACGUGUUGAUGUACAACGCGAACCUGAAGGAGCUCGAAGUCCAGGUGCAGAAGCUGCAGCGCGAGGAGAAGGAAGUGAAACACACCGUCGAAGCCGCCAAGAGGAGCGGCGAAGAGAUCGAGGACACCGUGCUCGACUGGUUCGGCAGAGUGCGCGCCGCCGUGGAGGAGGCGCAGGCGUUCCUCCGCGAGGAGGACCGGGAGAGAGUGGGAUGCAUGGAUGUGUAUUCCAGGUACACGGAUAGCCAGAGAGCGAGAGAUUUGGUGGAGGCUGUGAGGGAAAUCAGAAGGGAGACGUUCGAUAGGGUUUCGUUUCGGUGUGCGUUGAAAUGCAAUGUGAGUUCAACUGCUAGGGAGUAUGUGGAGUUGGAGUCUAGAAAUUUGGUGUUGAAUGAUAUUGUGCGUGUGCUGGAGCAUGAGAAGGUUGACUUUGUUGGGUUGUAUGGGAUGGCUGGGGUGGGGAAGACUGCUUUGGUGAAGGAAUUGGCAUGGAAAGUUGAAAAGGAUGGAUUGUUUGAUGUGGUGGUGAUGGCUACUGUGACGGAAUCGCCGGAUAUGGAGAGGAUUCGGGCGGAAAUUGCGGAUGGUUUGGGGUUGAAAUUCGAUGAGCUGACGGAGGUGGGGAGGGCGAGCCGGUUGCGGCAGAGGAUUCGGCAGGAGCAGAGGAUUCUUGUGAUACUGGAUGAUGUGUGGGGGAAGCUUGACUUGAUUCAGGUUGGUGUUCCUCUUGGUGAGGAUCAACGAGGUUGCAUAUGCAAGUUGUUGGUAACGUCUAGGGAUCUCAAUGUGUUGAAUUCUAGCUUGGGGGCGGAGAGUGUUUAUAGGCUUGAUGUUUUGUCUGAGGAUGAGAGUUGGGGGUUGUUUGAGAAGAGGGGAGGGGAUGUGGUUAGGGAUUCCAGCAUUCAACCUGUGGCUGCUGAGGUAGCGAAAAGCUGUGGUGGUUUGCCGCUUUUGAUAGUGACGGUGGUGGAGGCGUUGAAGGACAAGGAUUUGUAUGCUUGGAAGGAUGCACUAGAGCAGAUAACGAAUUUUGAUCUUGCAGGGUGUUUGUAUUCUCCUGUGCGUUCUGUUAUUGAGAUGAGUUAUAAUUGUUUAGAAAGUCAGGAACUCAAAACAUUCUUCCUGCUUUUGGGUUCAAUGGGGAAUGGUUGUAGCACUAGGGAUUUAUUGGUGUUUGGUUGGUGCCUGGGGAUGCAUAAACAUGUUGAUACAUUGGCAGAUGGGAGAAAUAGGCUUUACAAUUUGAUUGACAACUUGAGAGCUGCUAGUUUGUUACUUGAUGGGCAAAGAGAUUCAGUUGUGGCGCUUGAUGUGGUUCGACAUGUGGCUGCCUCCAUUUCAUCCAGGGUCAAACCUUUCUUUACUGUGCAGAGAAACAGAGAAUUGAAAGAAUGGCCCAGAAUGGAUCUAUUGAGAACAUGUCAUCAUAUUUUCUUGGACUGGUGUUAUAUUCGUGAACUUCCUGAGAUGUUAGAAUGUCCCAACUUGAAGAUACUCCAACUAAAUACUCAAGGUAACUAUUUGAAAGUCCCUGAUAAUUUCUUUGUUCAAAUGAAAGAACUGAAGGUGCUGAGUUUAGGAGGUCUAAAUUGUACUCCAUCCCUUCCUGUGUCUCUUGGUCUCUUGACAAGCCUCCAAGCAUUGUAUCUGUGUAAAUGCAUGUUGGAAGACAUAGCUACUGUUGGGGAAAUCACUAGUUUAGAGAUACUCAACCUUGAAAAAUCUGAGCUUAGAGAGCUCCCAGCAGAAAUAGGAAAAUUAAGUAAUCUACGGUUGCUAGAUUUGACUGACUGCUCAACUCUAGGCGUAAUUCCUUGCAAUGUGAUAUCAAGCUUGACAAGCCUGGAAGAGCUCUACAUGGGAAACUGUAAUGUUCAGGGGGAUGCCAAGGGAAGCAAAAGCCAAAACAUUGAUUCAAGUCUAAGUGAGCUAAGGCAUUUGCAGCAACUAACAAAUUUGAAUGUGCAGAUAGAAGAUACUUCAGUUUUUCCUAGAGACUUGCUUGCCUUUGGAAAACUAGAAAGAUACAAGAUUUUGAUUGGGGAUGGAUGGAAUUGGUCAGAGGUGGAGUCUGGGAAUUACAGAACUUCAAGGCUUCUUAAGCUCAAUUUGGGCAUGGAUCCAAGCAUUCUAAUGGACUAUGGGAUAAAGAUUUUGAUGGCAAAUGCUGAAGAUUUGUAUUUGGCUGAACUAAAGGGUGUCCAGGAAGUACUUUAUGAUUUGAAUGAUGAAGGGUUUUCACGAUUGAAGCAUCUCAAUAUCCUAAACUGUGAUGAUAUGCAGAGCAUUAUUGGAUCAACGGAGUGGGCUUAUCAUGAUCAUGCCUUUCCAAAUUUGGAAUCAUUGAUCCUUCAUAAUCUGGUUAACAUGGAGAGAAUAUGCAGCGAUCCAAUUCCUGCACAGGCCUUUACCAAACUACAAGUUAUCAAAGUAAAGGGUUGUGAUAGGAUGGAGUUUCUUUUCUCUCAUUCCAUGGUUAAACACCUCUCUGAACUUGUUGAAAUUGAGAUUUCUGAAUGCAAUUUUAUGACGAAUAUCAUUGCUAAGCAAAGACAAGAGGAUGCUAUUGCUGGACAAACUGAUAAGAUCAAGCUCAUCAACUUGCGUUUCCUAACUUUAGAAUGCUUACCUUCUCUUGUUAAUCUCUCUCCUGAGUCAAGUAUUAAGGCUACUGAAAAUGGCAAUGGCUUUUCCAGUCAACUUUUUAAUGACAAGGUUGAAUUUCCAAACUUGGAGACCUUGAAGCUGUACUCAAUCAAUGUGCACAAGAUAUGGAAUGACCAACUUUCUUACGUUCAAAAUUUGACCACUUUGACCAUAGAUGGAUGUGACCGGUUGACAUUUCUUUUCUCUGAUUCUGUAGCUAGAAAACUUGUCAAGCUUGAACAUCUUUUAAUUAGUUCAUGCAAAUUCGUAGAGCAGAUAUUUGUGUCAGAUGAAAAGAUGGGUAACCUUCCUCAUUUUAGAAAAUCUGUUCCAACUGAACUGGUUCCAAUUUUCCCCAACUUGGAGACAUUUGUGAUUUCUGACAUGGACAACUUGAAGUCAAUAUGGCCCAACCAACUCACUCAAAAUUCGUUCUGUAAAUUGAAAAAGAUGGAAAUCACAUCCUGUAACAAUAUCUUGCAUGUGUUCCCUUCUCAUGUGCUAGACAAACUACAAAGCCUAGAAUCACUGAAUUUGUGGUACUGUAUGGAACUGGAAGUUGUAUAUGAAAUAGAUGGUAUAAACACAAGUCAAGGGAGGCUAGCCAUUCCACUGAGAACUUUGUCUUUGGGUCAUUUACCAAAGUUAAAGCAUUUGUGGAAUAAGGAUCCUGAAGGAAGUAUCCGAUUUCAAAACCUGUUUAUGGUAACAGCUACUAAAUGUCAAAGUCUAAAAUAUGUCUUUCCACUGUCUGUGGCCAAAGACCUUCUGCAUCUCCAAAUCCUAGAAAUAAGUGAUUGUGGGGUAGAGGAAAUUAUUGCAAAUAAGCAAGGAGGGGUAGAGGCAGCUCUUGGGCUUGUUUUCCCAAAAUUAGUAUCCAUAAAGUUUUUUAUUUUGCCAGAAUUUCAAUGCUUCUGUUCCGGAAAUCACAACCUCAGAUUUCCAUGGUUGAAUAAACUACAUGUUGUUGAAUGUCCUGCAAUGGAGACUUUCUCUCAGGGAAUCUUGAGGGCAUCAAUUCUUAGAAAAAUAUAUUUGACAAAGGAAGGAGAUCAGUGGUACUGGGAAGGUGACCUUAAUACUACUGUAAGAAAGCUUUUCAAUAGAGAUCUCAAAUCAAGAUUAAGCAUUGCAUAGAAAUUCAAAGGCAGUCGUAGUAAGCUUGCACUUGGUGUUUAAGGUCAUAAUAUAUUCUCUGUCUAAUUCCACCUGACAUCUUUGGGUGAUUUUCACAAAGAUCAAUUGGUUAUUGACUACCUUCGAUAUGAUUGGUGAUGUGAAACAUGAAUACGCUCUUCACAUUUGUUGUCUAAGAUGGAAGAGAAAAUGAAUUUUGAUGUUGAUUAAUUUUUUCAGCGUACUUAAUGAACUAUUAAGAUUUAGUUAUGGAAGAAGGGCCUAAUCAAGAGGGUCAUUCAAAAGGAAGAGAAACAGAACAUUGGUUUUAAUGACCUUUGAAUCCAAGGGGUCAUCACAUAGCAAUGGGUCUCAUUGCUAAGCAAGGCCUAGAGAGAGAAGUAUAUGGAGAAUAUUGAACUGAAUUCAUUUGUGAUGACAAGAACCUGGUAGUGGAAGAAGCUACAGCAAUUCCAGUGCUGUCUAUACACUCUAUUGUAAAGAAGAGUGUAGAAGCUCCACACACUUAUGUUAUGAUGACACCAUUAAUACAAGAUUGCUUAUAGCCAGAACUGUAUAAAAAAUAUUAAUAAAGGUUGCAUGCAGUGGUUAGUUGUAUUUCUACAGAGAGGCUGAGUUUCAACCUUCAAAACAGCAAUUGCAUAAUAACUGUUACUCUUGAAAUUUUUUGUUUCUAAAUUCACAACUUUCUGCACUUAGUGCAAUCGUAAUUGCAUAUUAAGUGUUAUUCUUGAUCUGAA